GCAAGUCACGAGGGGAAUCCCAUGUCCAGCACGUGAUCUCAUGUGAACGUCCCACCAAGUUCAGUGUUGAAGAGACAUACAACAUGGAGGAGUAUCUGUUAGUGGUGCUGGCUGCAGUUGCGUUCAGCUGUGUGUCCACAGGAUAUGUGGGAAACGACGACUGGAUGAGAUACUCGUCACCAGGGGGCGCUGACCAGGAAUGGGCGUAUGUGGAUGUGCGUCCCGGGGCCCAUAUGUUCUACUGGCUGUACCGAACCACCUCCCCCAGCUCCAAGGCUCCCCUUGUCAUGUGGUUACAGGGAGGCCCAGGUGGAUCGUCCACUGGUUUUGGCAAUUUUGAGGAAAUUGGCCCUUUAGAUGUCCAGCAGCGUCCAAGGAACACGACCUGGCUGUCCACAGCCAGCCUGCUGUUUGUUGACAACCCCGUUGGCACAGGCUUCAGCUAUGUUGACAAUGACGACGCCUACACCACGGAUGUUCAGAUGAUAGCUGCAGAUCUCCUCACCACCUUCCAGGCUUUCCUCAAGAAGGCGCCAGAGUUUCAGGGUGUGCCCUUCUAUGUGUUCACCGAGUCCUAUGGUGGGAAGAUGACCUCUGCCUUUGCCCAGGUCCUUUACAAGGCUAUCCAGUCCAAGUCGGUGACGUGUGACUUCCGUGGCAUCGCCCUUGGAGACUCCUGGAUCUCUCCGAUCGACUCUGUCCUAGCCUGGGGACCCUACCUCUACACAAAUUCACUGGUAGACCGGAAGGGAUUGGAAGCUGUGAAUAAUUCGGCACAAGAGACAGCGGACCUGGUUCAACAAGGCCAGUGGGUCAAAGCAACAGAGCAGUGGGGCACAACUGAAAAUGUUGUGGAGAAAGUGACGAAUGGUGUCAACUUCUACAACAUCCUAGACUGGGGUGGCAGUGAGCGAGUGAGGGUGGCAGACAGACAGGAUCUCACAUAUCUAGAAAAGUUAUAUCAACGCCAUGUUGCGCCACUCCAAGCCAUGUCGCUGGACCAGCUGAUGAACGGACCAAUCAGAGAGAAGCUGAAGAUCAUCCCGAGGAAUGUUACCUGGGGAGGUCAGUCAGGAAUGGUGUUUGUGAAACAGCAGGGAGACUUCAUGAAGCCAGUCACAGAAAUAGUGGACUAUCUGGUGAUUGAAACCACACUGGAGGUUGUAGUGUACAGUGGACAGCUGGACCUCAUUGUGGAGACACUAGGCACAGAGGCAUGGGUGUAUCGACUGCAGAUUGCCGACAUGUUCAAAGAGGCCAUCAGGACACCACUCAUGGUUCACGGAAUCACUAAUGGGUUUGUGAAGACUGCCAAAAACUUCUCCUUUUACUGGAUACUGAAGGCUGGUCACAUGGUUCCUGCAGACAAUGGAGCUACUGCCCUAAUGAUGAUGCGACGGGUCACAGGACAACAGUGAAAACUUAACUGGCAAGCAGAAGUGUACAUUCCAUAUUUUUCACACAAUCAUAUACCCAUACACUUGAAAAAUUGAAGAAGUAGAAUUCCUUCAUUUAGAUUAGAAAGUCUGUUUAAUGUGUCAACGUUUAUGUUGGUCAUACUAUCAGAGCACAAGACUUGCUUUGUUUUAACCAAAUGAUAAAUGUACUUAAUACCUAUGCAUUUAACCAAACCAGCUCCACUCUCUCCAUCAUUUCUCUAGGAUACACUACCUCAUGUCUUUGCAUAUAGCCACGACUUAUGUUGUGUAUAUAGAGGUUAUAGAAAAAAUAAAAAUAUUUUGACAAUA